GUGUCAACGACACAUCACAUUGAGAGGCAGAGUGCUAUUAAUUAGUAGGUGAGAAGGUUUUGUAAUCGGCAAGACCUAACGCUUGUGCUCUACGUAUGUAAGUGGGAAACUAAGUAAUGCGGGAGCUGCUUUGUAGAUGUUCAUGCGAUAAUUAGAACUCACUAUUCGGAGAGCGGGGGGCCUCCGCCAUGACAGCGUUAACAGGGAACAUCGUGUUCACGUCGCGAGGAUAGAAUAAUACUGUUGUUGAUCGCGGAUACAACCGCUGGGCGCUUGUCAUGUUCCCCAAGUUAUAAGCGCUGGCCUCUGUUUUUCGUUCUACGACGCCCGACGCCAUGGCUGAUCUCGUUGACUCGAUGCUAGAUCUCAUGCGGAGGCUUCCACCGACAAGAACUGAAGAAAAUGUCGCCUCAUUAAUUGGAAUCUGCCCAGACUACGCCGAUGAUCUGCUAGGAAGCGUUGACCAACCCUUGCAACUCAAGACUGAUCGUGCUACCGGGAAGGAAUAUCUUGCUUGUGACUACAACCGGGACGGUGAGAGCUACAGAUCACCCUGGUCAAACGAAUAUGACCCGCCGCUUGAAGACGGAACGGUUCCAACACCCAGGCUGAGAAAGCUCGAGAUAGCGGCUAAUGAUGCCUUCGACACGUAUCGUGAAAUGUAUUAUGAAGGCGGUGUAUCCUCUGUCUAUCUGUGGGACUUGGACGAUGGCGGCUUUGCAGGUGUGGUGUUAUUGAAGAAGACGAUGGCGCCUUCUGCCUCGAGCGAACCUUCGGGAUCCUGGGACUCUAUCCAUGUAUUUGAGACCGCGGAGCGUGGCCGCCAGGCGCACUACAAACUUACCUCCACUGUCAUGCUGCAACUUACUAUGAAGAAAAAGGACAAUGAAGCAGACGGAAAAGAAGGUUGGAAGCGCGAUGGCGAGGUUACUUUAGGAGGUAGUAUGACACGUCAGACGGAGCAAGACUGGCCUAUUCACGACUCUUCCUCUCAUAUAACUAACACUGGCAAAAUGAUCGAAGAGAUGGAAAUCAAAAUGCGUAAUCUGCUUCAAGAGGUAUACUUUGGGAAGACACGAGACAUUAUAUACGACCUUCGCAGUCUAGACGAUCUGGAAAAGACACGCAGGCAACGGGAACUUCAGAAGGAACUUGUGGGUUUCAUUAAACGGUAA